AAUGCAUAUCUCCGGCAAUGGAAAUGCAAGUUCAAGGACUACAUAAAUUCACUCAUGAUCAGAGAAGCCCCACCAGCCAACCGACUUUGCUCAGUCUGCAAGAAGGAUGGGGUGUAUAGAUGUCAUGGCUGUUUCAAUGAGCCACUCUUUUGCACAGACUGUUGCAGAAUUCAACAUCAAAGACAUCCAUUCCAUCGCAUCAGUCAAUGGACCGGAUCAUUUUUUCAAGAAACUUCACUCAUUAAAGUUGGCCUGCACAUUCACCUUGCUCACGACGGCACUCCAUGUCCCAGCAGCACCGAUGACUCAUCAGACUUCUUUCAGUGGUCAGAUACCGAUGACAAUAUAGAUGACGAUUAUCCGGAAGGACCUUUCAUUCAACCGGUCAGAGACUCAGAUCGUCCGGCAAUAACUGUAGUAGACAAGUCCGGCGUUCACUCCCUUUCCAUAUGUUAUUGCCAAUGCCCCAGUGCUCUCAGCCGAGACAUACAGCUCUUUCAAGCAGGCUUGUUUCCGGCGUCUUUCACCAGACCAAAAACUGCAUUCACAUUCGCUGUCUUGGACGACUUUCUGUUAGACAAUCUCGAGUGCGGUACAUCGGCCAUGAAUUACUACAGCAAAAUUCGCAGACUCACCUCUAGCAUCUUUCCACUGAUGGUUCCGGAUCGCUAUAGAGAGCUCAUGAGAGCUGCCAGGCAGUGGCGACAAUGCAAGCUCUACAAGUGGCAUGGAUUUGCCCACAAAGAUGACCAGCCAAAGGAUGGUGAUCUUGCCCUAUUUUGUCCGGCAUGUCCGCAACCGGGUAUAAACUUGGACCUGUCUACCAGUACAGUCGCCCAGCCUGACGAUACACCUUCCUGGCUCAUGACUAGGUAUUUGGUCAUGGAUGGCAAUUUCAAAGCCGAGCACAUGCAUCCGGUGAAUCCAUCCGAUGAAGUAUCAUUAAUGGAUGGUCUGGGGUUCAUGGUCUCCGAUGAAAGAUACAAGAGCCAUUUGGCCAUUGCUCAAGACAAUGUCCAAAGGUCGGAUUGCAAUAAUCACCGGGCAGUAAAUCAAGCAAACGCCUCGCGGCAAAGGCUGGAAGCCACCGGUAUAGGAGGAUGUGCAUGUGCACGGCAUGGAUGUUUUGUCCCACAUUCCAUGGUUGACUUUCAGAAAGGCGAAAGGUCAAUGAACAUGGACUAUGCAUUAAGUCAAGCUCUCAACUAUAAGACCGACGGAAUCUCUCGAGCCAUCACAUUCUACGACAUAAAUUGUCAGUAUAACAAGUAUUUGAAGGACCGGAUCGCUUCCAGCAUGUAUCUUUCCAUCCCCAUAGGUAUGGAUAUCAUUCCUGGAAUCGGUUUGUGGCAUGUACAUGGACAUCAAGACAACUGCUUUGUCCGGUAUGCAUCAAAUUUUAUCCAUGGGACCGGCCGGAUAGACGGAGAGAUUAUGGAAACCCUCUGGGCACCUUUGAAUAUAAUAUCUCCAUCGGCCAGGGGCAUGGGAACUCCCCAUCGCAAGGAGGUAUUGGAUUAUCAGAUGAAUGAUUGUAAUUUCAUGAAAAUGAUUCGUAUAACUAAGUUUCUGUCCAGAAAAUUCAAAGAGGCCAUCAAGGGGGCUUCGGAAAGCAAACUUGCUUUUGAUAAUCUUAACGAGACCGCCAACCCCGACAUGGUAGUUCUUUGGAAGGCAGAGGAGGCAUUGGCUCAUGCAAACAGAGCAGAGGAUCCUACGGCUAUGGACAUCUAUGAGGCAAGUGUCCACUUUUAUUGGCUGUCCGGUAGGUCUGAUCAUGAGGUCGUGCAGCGCCAACAAAGAAACAGCAGGAAUUGCGCCUCCGCCACUUGGCUUGCAACCGGUCUUACCAUAGAGGAAUCGCAAAUAUCUCUCUGCAAGGAUGUGAGAAGUUUGCGAAUGCACCCAACGGACAUGCAACUGUUGAGAGUGGCUCGAUGCCGGGAUAAGCUUCACACUCAGAUCACGAGCUUUCUUGAGAUGUCACCUACUUAUCUCGGAGUUGGAGUCAAUGUCAAUGAUCCGGAUUGUCUGGUUACUGUUUGUAACUCACUGGAUGAUUGUGAAGAUUACUCCGAUUUUGACGAAGAUCAAAAUCCUGAUCUGGACGUACACAAUGCUUCCAUAUUUCAACCGGAGCUCACUGUCAUACCCCUACCAUCCAACAUUGGUGCAGUGAGGUGCAGGGAGUUAGGUCUCACCAAUCUCAUCAAAGAAGAAAUUGCCCUCCGAGAAGGUCAGGCCAAUGACGCACUGCAUGCCAUUAGAGUUCAUUUAGGAGAUAAAGCUGUUUUAUUCCGCAAUACUGUCCGGUCAGCCAAGUCACAGGCUUCAUCUACUAGGGCAUGGACUCGAGUUCGCUCAGUUGAAACAGCAGUCAAUCUCCAUGCUCGUAUAUAUUCGAAAUGCCGGUCGCAACUGGCCAAACUCCCUGACCACGACCUCUUGAAGAAAUACCUUCCUUUGAAGAAAGAAGACCUGAAAGCCAGCUCUGCGGUGGCCGAUCCAAAUGCACGUGGUCAGAGAGAUACCACUCUUUCAUGGUUCUGGUCCUUGGAUGUUCAGGGAGACACAUCAGGAAAUGACUGGAUGACUGAAUUUUACCGGGUUAAUUGGCUCCGGACAAAAGCACUGCGCGAUCGCUGGAAUGAGGAGGUUAUUCUUGUCAAACACGAAAUGCAGUGGUCAAUUAAUUUCUUCACCCACAGAGCCAAGCAAUGGCUCUGUCACAUGCACAAUGCUACUUCUGCAGGGCUCACCGGACAUACAUGUUAUGCUGCCAGACAAUCUCACAUAUAUGACCUGCUGGCAGCACAUGCAGAGGAUGCUUUUCGGAAAAUGAUCGUUGGGAUAGAAGUCCCAGUUCCGGGUUAG